AGUGAAUAAAUGAAUGGAUGGAUGAAUGAAUAGAUGGAUGGAUUCCUGGUAGGGUCAGGGGAUGGAGGUCAACUUGUCAAGAAAGUGUGCUUCUCCGGCUCUGUCCUCUAGAACAGUCUUCCUUUCUUUUCUUUUUUAAUUUAAUUUACUUUUUGGCUGCGUUGUGUCUUUGUGGCUGCACGCGGGCUUUCUCUAGUUGCAGCGAGCAGGGGCUACUCUUCGUUGCGGUGUGCGGGUUUCUCAUUGCGGUGGCUUCUCUUGUUGCGGAGCACAGGCUCUAGGCACACAGGCUUCAGUAGUGGGGGCUCGCAAGCUUAGUUGCUCUGCGGCAUGUGACACCUUCCUACACCAGGGCUCGAACCCGUGUCCCCUGCGUUGGCAGGUGGACUCUUAACCACUGUGCCACCAGUGAAGUGCCCAGUCUCCUCUUCUAAGAGUCCCACUUUCUCCCAUAAACUGGGACCCCUGCAGGAUAGUUACAGAGAAUUCUUCUGAGUCCCUCUUUUUCCCUUAGCUCUAGACUUAGCAUUUUAAGGGGUCAGAUGAGGCAGGAGUAGCUAAAAUGUACAGAGUUCCUACUAUGGGCUCAACACCACGCUAGACAUUUUUACAGAUGUGGCCUUGUUUAAUGAAAACAGCACCACAGUUUUGUGAAAUAGGCUCUAUUAUCCAUUUUACAGCUAAGAAAACAGGCUCAGGGAAGCUAAGUGAAUUGCCUAAGGUCACAAAACUUACAUCUAGCAAAGGAUGGGAUUUGAACUUAAAACCCAAUCAGGUAGCCAGGGCUGGAUGUGCUGGAGAUGGAAUGACACCAGGGAAACAGAGGCAGGGAUGGUGGGCAGCAGGCCCAGCCCUGCUCUAGUCCUACCUUGGCCUCUCCUAUUGGGAGACCGUGGGUGAAACUUUGUCCCUCUCCAAGCCUCAGCAUCCAGGUAUGGAUUUGAUGCCCCUUGGAGGUCUCUUCCAAGUGAAUGUUGCAGAAAUCGAGCUGGAUGUGAAGAGCUCCUGGCCCUUCCUGCAGGACACUCCCUUACUCUCCCUGCCAGCUAGUGGCCAAAGGGCAGGGCCACCUAUUAGGUAAUGGUUAACUGGACCCGACACCCCAUCUAUAAGGAGCCACACCAGCUGGCCAAGACUCCACAGGAUGCAGUGCGUGAAGGUGCUUGGAGGGGUGCUGGGGGCCGCUGCCCUCUUGGGGCUGGGGAUCAUCCUGGGCCACUUUGCCAUCCCCAAGGGGACUGACCUGCCAGCCCCCAGUGCCUCAGCCUCCCAGGACCUGGACCUGGAGAUCCUUGAGGCUGUCGUGGGACAGCUCGAUGCCAACAGGAUCCGGGAGAACCUUAGAGAACUCUCCAAGGAGCCGCACCUGGCCACCAGCCCCCGGGAUGAGGUGCUGGUGCAGCUGCUACUGCGGCGCUGGCAGGACCCGGAGUCGGGCCUGGACUCAGCCGGGACCUCUGAGUACGAAGUGCUGCUGUCCUUCCCCAGCCAGAAGCAGCCCAACCGCGUGGAUGUUGUGGGUCCUGCUGGGGACAUCCUCUUCUCCUCCCAACGAAGUGAAGAGAACCUGACUGGGGAGCAGGGGGACCCCAAUGUGGUACCACCAUAUGCUGCCUAUGCUCCCCCCGGAACCCCUCAGGGCCUCCUCAUCUAUGCUAACCAGGGCUCAGAAGAAGACUUCAUGGAGCUAUACCAACAGGGCAUCAAACUCCAAGAUAGCAUCGUCCUGACCCGCUAUGGGGGUGUAGGGCGCAGGGCUAAGGCUGUGAAUGCUGCCAAGUAUGGGGUGGCUGGGGUGCUGGUGUACACGGACCCUGCAGAUAUCAACGACGGGAAAAGCUUGCCGAACGAGACCUUCCCGCACUCCUGGGGAGUUCCUCCCUCGGGGGUGGAGCGAGGCUCCUACUUUGAGUAUUUUGGGGACCCCCUGACUCCUUACCUUCCAGCCAACCCCUCCUCCUUCCGCCUGGACUCUGACAAUGCCUCCGGAUUUCCCCCAAUUCCCACUCAGCCCAUUGGCUUCAAGGAUGCAGAAGUCCUUCUCUGCAACCUGCAGGGAGCCUCAGCCCCGGCUGCCUGGCAGGGAGCCCUGGGCUGUGACUACAAGCUGGGGCCCGGCUUCCGUUCUGAUGGUAUCUUCCCAGCAGGCAGCCAGGUGAACGUGAGUGUCUACAACCGCCUGGAGCUGCGGAACUCCUCCAACGUCCUGGGGAUCAUCCGCGGGGCCGUGGAGCCUGACCGCUAUGUGCUGUAUGGAAACCACCGGGACAGCUGGGUUCACGGGGCCGUGGACCCCAGCAGUGGCACUGCUGUCCUCCUGGAGCUCUCCCGCGUCCUGGGGACUCUGCUGAAGAAGGGCACCUGGCGUCCCCGAAGAUCCAUCGUGUUUGCGAGCUGGGGGGCAGAGGAGUUUGGGCUCAUCGGCUCCACAGAGUUCACGGAGGAGUCCUUCAGCAAGCUGCAGGAGCGCGCCGUAGCCUACAUCAACGUGGACAUCUCGGUGUUUGCCAAUGCCACCCUGAGGGCGCAGGGGACGCCCCCGGUCCAAAGCGUCAUCUUCUCUGCAGCCAAACAGAUCCGCGCACCAGGCCCCGGCAGUCUCAGCAUCUAUGACAACUGGAUCCGAUAUUCCAACCGUAGCAGCCCGGUGUACGGCCUGGUCCCCAGCCUGGGCACUCUGGGUGCGAGCAGCGACUACGCACCCUUCAUUCACUUCCUGGGCAUCUCCUCCAUGGACAUCGCCUACACCUAUGACCGGAGCAAGACCUCAGCCCGGAUCUACCCUACCUACCACACAGCCUUUGACACCUUUGAUUACGUGGACAAGUUUGUGGACCCUGGUUUCAGCAGCCAUCAGGCCGUGGCCCAGACCGUGGGCAGUGUGCUUCUCCGGCUCAGUGACAGCCUCUUCCUGCCUCUCAAUGUCAGUGACUACAGCGAGACCCUCCGCAGCCUCCUGCAGGCUGCCCAGCAAGACCUUGGUGGCCUGUUGGAGCAGCACAACAUCAGCCUGGGCCCUCUGGUGACCGCAGUGGAGAAGUUUGAGGAGGCAGCCACGGUGUUGGGCCAACACAUAUCAGCACUGCAGAAGGGCACCCCCGACCCCCUGCAGGUGCGGAUGCUCAAUGACCAGCUGAUGCUCUUGGAACGGACUUUCCUGAAUUCGCGAGCCUUCCCAGAGGAACGCUACUACAGCCAUGUGCUCUGGGCACCCCGCACCGGCUCCGUAGCCACGUUCCCGGGCCUGUCCAAUGCCUGCUCCAAGGCCAUGAACACAGGCCCCGGAUCUGCAGCCUGGGCUGAGGUGCAGAGGCAGCUCAGCAUCCUGGUGGUGGCCCUGGAGGGCGCAGCAGCCACCCUGAGGCCUGUGGCUGACCUCUGACCCUAGCCCUCAUUCUUCAGCUCCCAUCCCCACCCUUUAUCCUAACCCUCUCCCACUCCAGUUUUCUUUGAGUGUGUCCCCGUCUCUCCUGAUGCUAGGAAAGGGCACGACCACAGGACCCUCUCAAACUUCUGAGGCAACAGCUCAGGGCCCCACCGGUGCGGACACUUGAAGGGAGUGACAAGCCCCAGAUGGAACUUUCCCUCUUCCUGGCUCUUGGUUGGCAGAGGGUGAACAGGAGAUAGGGAUGGUGGGGAUGGCAAAACCACCAGCUGCUCUCGGUGGUGGGUGGGUCAGGAUGGGACGCAUAAUGGCAACCUUAGAUGUCAACUCAGAGACCACCAGAGCUACUCCUCAGUGACCAGCAGGGAAACUGAGGCCCAGGGUGGAUAGGGCAUUGCCCAAUUUGGGUUCCGCUCCCCCCACGCCCCUAGCAUGUCUCAACUCCUCCCUGCCCUCCCCAAAUAAAUUGAGCCUAGCUGCUGUCCUUGCAAG